GUUACAUCAGGGCCACAGACGGCACGCACAGCGCAUUAGGCUAUCCGAGACGAUACCGAGAUGGCAUGUGCAACCGCAAAGAACUCUUCGAUGGCGUUUUUGCGUUAAAAUCUCUAGAUCAAGAAGAGUACAACGACUUAGAGGCAGCUGCCGGGAGUGGGAAAAUGGCCUAUCCCUGUUAUCAUGACAAGAAUCCGGGUCGAGAUUUGCCUGGGAAGAACAGAGCUCGUCAAGUCAUAGAAUCAGAUGAUGUGGAUCACAUCACCACCGUCGAAGAUGAUCCAGAAUUGUUGAUGAUGUCGUUUUUAGAAGAUGCGGCGCCAGCGAUACAUGAAAAAGUUGUUACAACGCUGAACAAUCCCCACAUGGGGAAUGGGACUAUGAAGCAUUUCGCUCUAUUGCCGCCUUUGCACUACCACGCAGCCACGCCAUCUUCCAGUCGGGCACUAUUGGAGCAUGUUUGUACGAAACAUGUUGGAGAUUUGAAUAGUAGGAGGAGUCCCGUGUUGGUCUUGAAGUCAACGGGGAAGGAUCUUCAAGGUGAACAAGAUGGGCCAAAGGAGAAAAAUGCUGCUCGUCAGACGACUCGUGUAGACGUUGAUGAUGAGGCUGCCUUCUUGGACGAUGAGGAUGACGCGGAGGGCGAAGUGACUGAUGCUUCAACUGGAACAAGUACAUCGAGAAAAGUACAUCGAGAAAAGAGUGAAAAUACACCGCAACCGCUUCAGACGUCGACUGCGGAGGAAGUCUGCCACUCAUCAUCCACCUCCACAACGAAAUCCAGCCAACAACGCUCAAGCUUCCCACCCAUAGUCUCCUACCAUUUCCGCACUGCGACAGUGUAUCACUUCAAGUGGGUCCGGGGGAUGGUCCCUAAAAUGGAACGCAGGCUUUGGAACAAGCUACGGCAGAUGCCGCAGCACGACUGGUCAAAAGUUGUGGAG